UUCUCGUUCAGUCUCAAUAGCGAAGGUCGUUUGAAUAGAAUGACUUCUGUCUGCUUUCAAAAUUAUAAUUAAGUAGUUCCUUUGUCUUUGAGUAGUUCGCACGACAAUUACUUCCAGUUGGUUCCAUCGCGCUGUACUAGUUACUAAGCCAGUGGAUGCUGGAGAAUCUUCCACGAGUGCCAGGUACAUCCCCGAUAUCGGAUGCGAGCAGCAACACGAAAAGAGCAUUCACAAUGGUCCUCCAUUUUGGAACUUGACUUAUGAGAUACAGAUUCAAAAUGACGUGGACGUUCGUAUUCGUUAGUCGUGCAUGCUCAUGAAAUGGCCUAGGCGGGACCUGCCGACGGACUAGUUGGAUGUGCUGACGUGCCAUUCGUUGUUCUCUGUGGUCGCUUCUGCGCUGCUAGGACGUUGCGCCUCGCUAUAAUCAUCGCGGUUUCUGAAAAAUGUUAAGAGGAGAUGGCGGACACGUACCUAGUGCUGAAAGGUUUGUGAGCGCAUGCUUCUAUUGAUGCAGUCAUGACGAGUUGCGGGCACGCUAAGAAUACCACGACAUUUAUGCCGAGUGCAUUACGCUGCGCCUUCGUGUAAGUAUAUAUAUAUAAUGGUAGUGCCAAGGUCGCCGGAAGGGAGAUGACGAUUCCAGGCGUUGCAGAUGAGUUAAAUCCAGCAUGAUUUUGCGUUGAUGCAACGUGCUGCUCAACCGCAGAGUAAGCGAAAAGAUAUCAACAAGUUUGACAACGAGGGAUAUGCGGCUGCGUUGAAAAAAUUAGCCCAGGUUUCGAGUAAGACGGGUCCACGCUGCUCAAGGAAGAAACAAAUAUAUCUACAUCAAGACGCUGGUGCCGCCACUAGCAUCCCCAGAAAAACACACAAUGCCGGCUGAUACUGGAGGUGGUGCGCAGGACACCAACACUACCGGCUCCGAAAGGCCACAGUCUAGAGAAAGGCUUCCCCGAGAAAAGGCGGUGUUAAAUCCGAAGGAAAUCAUCAUUAACACGAAGCUUCAGAAGGCGAGACAAAAUGCUAUGUCUCAGAAAAUUCUCCAUAUGGGAUACUGUAGUAUCGGAGCUGAGACGAUUGGAACUGUCAUACGCCACAUGCGCCUCUACAACGUGCAAGAGGUGGACUUGCGUUGCAACAUGAUAGGCCCCGAUGGUAAAACAUCUUUCAAAUCCCCGCAUGACUUUGAUUGUUACGGACAUCAAAAUGAAAUACUUCCUUGCUUCAUCUAGUGCCUAAAUACUAUGCAUUUUCUACUUUCGAGGAUACUCAAAUCUUUUUCAGGUUUCACUUAAUGGUAUAAGAAAGCACCGCUACUACUACUUAAAGAUCGCCCGUCUUCUGUGUCCUUCGUCACAUCAUAGAAUUCUAUCCCACACGGUCAGCGCUGGUUAUCUUGUCGCAUGCCCUGCACCACGAUCGCGUCGGACUCAAGAAAAUAUCGUUGAAGCUAAACACGGUAGGGCAGGAACACAACGUGCACAGUACGCGCGGCGUCGAGGCAUUGGCGGAUGCAAUGAGCGACAACACGAAAGUGCAGUAUUUGGACUUGCGGUUUAAUCGACUACAUGACACCCACAUGCCGGCCUUCAAACGCAUCUUGAUUAUGGCAAAAAGAAGUGUCCUUGCUCCUCCCCAUGCACUUCGUUCUAAAUCAUCUAUGUGGGGUGGGUCGUGGAGGUGGUAAUCCAUCUAGUUUUCGCGUUGCAACGUGCCUGCAGGACGAUCAUUUUUGAGCUGUUCAUAAAGAAACCACUAGAGAAGCUGUGGGUAGUUUGUCGCCUCAUCUAACUUGACCAGCAAUCGGCAUAUCUUGACGCUUCUUCUCUCGUUUAACAACGAAAUAUCAGAUAAGGGCGGGCGGGUGCUGCUCGACGCAAUGCGGACUAAUUUCACCAUACAGAACCUGGAGACCCACUACUGUCGCAUGACCGAAGACAUGGUCGCAAAAAUAGACGCGAAAGUACCGCCUGAUGCAUGCUCAUACCACUCAUGGAGUCCUUUUCCAGAUAUCUGCUAGAAAUCGUUGAAGAAAUGAAAAAUAUAGCUGGGCGUUUUGUGCACUCAUUACUAGUGUAACUUAGUCAGAGUUGAAAUUGAAUAAUUGACAACAUCACCACUUGCAGUUUUAGUUUUAGUCGAAGACUAACCAAGUAUUUUCUCCAAACAGAAAGGCGCCAUCUUCAUCAUUCAGGUCCAGCGCAAUCGGGAUUCGAUAGUGACGGUGGAUGCGCACACUGGGGAAAUGAUAGUGAAAAGCAAAGACGUAGCGUCGGCAGCGAGCAGAGCACAGAUGAUAGAGGAUCCCUGCGUGAAAAAAGUUCGUAUGCUUGGGUUUCCGCUCCAGCAUAUUUGUGUGUACCUUGAACAACUCCAGCUGCGCGCAAUGCAAUCCAAGAUAGCGAAAUUAGAAGCUGAAGAUCGAGAAAAAGUCCUCAAUUACGCUGGCAUGGAGAGAGAAGCAGGGUGUGACUGUUUUGUUCUGAAACCUGUAGUUUUUAAUCUAAAUCGAAAUGUAGUAGAGUUCAUUUGUUCUUUGCCUUUUCGUUUUUUUAUCCCCAUGCGUGUCGUUAGUGCGCUCUAGUCUACAAAUGAACCAAAGUUUUUCACCUCAAGGUUCACGCUAAUGAGCAUGCUCAGGUGCUUUUAAACUUGAUGUGUACACUCAGCAAGUACGAGGGCGAGGAAACUAAGUAACCGCAUGACUGCUUUUAUCAUCAUAAAACAGCAAGCAAAAGACCCAUCGAAAACAAAUUCAGAUUCCUUAAGGAGAUCUUGCAGUUGGAAGAGCUUCUAGUGCAAUUCACUGUCGACAAGCAGGAGACCGAGGGGGAGCUGUUGGAAUACCUCGACGCGACUGCCAAACUUGAAGCCGAAAUCGCAGAGAUAGAACGAAAACGAAAAUUCUUCGAGAUGAAGAUGACCGAUAAAAUGAAGAGUCAGGAAACCGUCAUUACAAGUGCCAGAACUUUUGCUGCUGGACUGCAAGAGAAAAACUACAUGUCGCAAGUGGAGCUGGAGAACGAGAAAAAGGAGAACGCGCGUUUACGCCUCUACCUGGCGCGCUGCAAAAAAGACAUCGAAGAUCAGUUCCCAGACGCGACUUAGAUGUUAAGUUGUUUCUCCACAUUCAUGUGUGAGGUCUGUGUGAGCGAGAAUCAAGUAGGUCCGCCCUCUUGCCGGACGAGGGGAAGGGCAACCACAAGUGUCUUCGUGUUCUUUAAGCUACAGUGUUGC